AUGGUCCUGAAAACAUCGCACGAUCAAUAUCCCCCCUUCGCCGAAGGCCUACGAACCGCACCCCUCGUCUCCAUCUCACUCCCCAAACUCGAGGCUUACGAUGAGGACGAGUCGCGCACUUUCUUCAAGGCCUCCAAGGAGCUCGGCUUCUUCUACCUGAGCAUGGAAGGGUCCGCGCUGGGUGAGAAGAUCGUGGCGCAGGCCGAACAACUGCACGCCCUGCAGAAGCAGUUCCACGCGCUGCCCAACGAGGAGAAGGAACGGUUUGCCCGGGAAAAGCUCGACCCUUUCUUUGGGUAUCGGAUCCUGGCUGAGCGGGAGAUGGAAGACGGUACGAUCGGGCGCAACGAGAAUUAUAAUAUGCGUAAAGAUGACCUCGUCGGCAAUUGCAAGCCGCUGCCCUGCCCAGACCUCAUCAAGCAGCACUGGACAUUGUUGGGUGACUACGCCCGCAACUGUCGCGCUGCCAUCGAUCUCAUGUUCACUCACCUCGAGAAGAACCUUGAACUCCCUAUCGGCACCCUGGCCAAGCUGCACCGCAUUGAGGAGCGAUCCGGCGACCACGUGCGCUUCAACAAGUCCGCACCGGGCAAAUUCGACGAGAAGAGGGCUCGGCUGGGUGAGCACACCGACUUUGGCUCCCUGACCAUCUUGUUCAACUGGAUGGGCGGCCUGCAGAUCCGCCUGCCGGACACCAGCGACUGGGUCUACGUGCGUCCAGUGCCUGGCUCGGCCGUGGUCAACCUGGGGGACGCCCUGGUCAAGUUCACCGCCGGCUUGCUACGGUCCAACGUCCAUCGCGUUGUGCCGCCGAUGCCCCCGCAGGACAAGAUCGACCGGCACAGCCUGGUGUUUUUCUCCCGCCCGGAAGACGCCGUGGUGCUGCGGCGCCUCAAGGGCGGGCUCAUCGACAAGCAGCCCCAGACGCCGAAGGAGGAGAUGGAGUUGACCAGCGAGGAGUGGAUUCUGAGACGGAGCGUCGGGGAUCUCAAGGGUGUCUACACGCACCAGGGUGGUCUGGAGCUGCGGUUUCCCCUGGUGGAGGGCAAAGCCUGA